GUGUUAUCCGGCCCGCGCGAAUCUGAAGUCAUAAAUCAAUGGGGUUCACAUAACGUUGGCUGCAAGCAACAAGGACCAGUCUCCUUUAUUUCUGCAUGCAUCAUUUUGAGGCAUAACAAAGCUGGCGGGGGCGAGAGCAACACGUGCAGAGGGUACAUCACACGAGCAUGAACAGAUGAAGAUGCACUUGGACAGCGCAGAGAUAUCUUUUCUUCGAUAAAGAUCCUUGUUCGCAAUCAAACUCUCGGCCAAUCAGUUGCAAGUUGGGACCAUUCAUUCAUUGUGAAUCUACAAAGAGGAUUGUAUUUGUUUGGUGGUGCUCUACACAAUAGGGAGCUACCCAGUGGAUUAUUGUACUUGCGACGCGGUGAAGGGGUGAAGUUGAGGGCCAAAUGUUUUUGUAUAUUGAUUAGAGUUGUGAACGUAUCCGGGAAUAAUACUACACUACACCAACUGAUCACAGACUUGGAUAUCAUUAAUAAACUUGUCUACUUAAGUUAAGUUAUCGUUACAGACGCUAAUCAUGAAUCUCCACAUCUUUUGGAUAACGCUUGUCACUUCUUGGAGCUUUUGUUAUGCAAACCUGAUAGAUGUGAUGCCAGACUGUUGUGGAAGGGGAGCCUCCUUUGCCAGUUUGGGUCGCACUUGUGAUGACCUUGAGACUAUUCCUGACAUAGCACCUGAAGAUCAGGAGACCUGUAUGGUUAUAAUGAAGUCCUGCUGUGCUCACAGUCUAGGACCCGUCUUGUGUGAAAGGGCCAUUAAUCACAGAAUGUCCGUAGGCAGUUGUCACUCUUUAAACAACAGCACAUGUUACUCAGCUGGCAAGGAAUGCUGUGAUUGUUGUGAGCUUGGUAUUAAUGCAUAUCAUGAUGGUAUCGAGUGUGAAUCCAUGAGCACAGGUACAUCAUGUGACCGUGCCUUCACCUACUGCUGUAAUGCAGCUGCCUCCAGCUAUGAUGAAAAUGAAUGUUCCCUGACCACAAGCCAUAGAUUGUGUACAGAACGAUGCAUUAAUCUGAUUGGCAGCUAUGUUUGUGAGUGUCAUCCAGGCAAUCAUUUACUAGAGGACAACAUAACAUGUGUGUCAGAUGGUGACACACGACCCCCUCCUGUGGUCUUGAUGUGUAGUCAGGCACCUUGCCAGCAUGAAUGUCGGCAAGUUGGCAGAGAAUAUGAGUGCUACUGCCGAACAGGAUAUCGACUCAUGUCAGAUGGACAUACUUGUGAAGAUAUUGAUGAAUGUGCUGUGACUGAUCAGCUGGCAUGCAACUAUGCAGAAAGAUGUAUUAAUACAAUUGGAUCCUUUAACUGCAUCAGUGAUGUUGUGUGCAGGAGUGGGCUCAGAUACGACCCUACAAAUCAGUAUUGUGUCGAUAUUGAUGAGUGCGCAGAGCGUACAGAUACCUGCGAUGAACUAAGCAUUUGUGAAAACAGGUAUGCCAGCUAUACAUGUCGUCAUGCUAGCUGUCCUGCAGGUUACUACUAUGAUAGAACUUCAUCGCAAUGCAAAGAUAUUGAUGAAUGUGCUAGGGGAACUCAUGAAUGCCUUGAUGGAGCUCGAUGUGACAACCUUCCUGGAAGCUUUCAUUGUACUAGGAUAGUGCCUUGUGGUACAGGAUAUACCAUCAAUGCAAAUACGCAACAAUGUGUUGAUAUUGAUGAAUGUAGUCAGGACAGCCACACCUGUCAGAGGACAGAAUUUUGUAGAAAUAUCAGGGGAAGCUAUGAAUGUGUGCCAUGUCCACGAGGUUUCAGGACUGAUGGCAAUGUGAACAGGUGUACACAAGAUAUCAAUGAAUGUGAGGAAGGAACAUUUGAAUGCAACGAUGGUACACGAUGCCAAAAUAAUGUUGGGAGCUACACAUGUAUUUCUGUGUGUUUAAAUGGCUUUGAGUACAGUAGAAUUCGCCGUGCUUGUCUGGAUGUGGAUGAAUGUCGGAGAGGGAUUGCCAAUUGUGCACCCUAUGAAAUCUGUCAAAACACAAAUGGAAGCUUUUCCUGUGGUUGUAGACGAGGAUUUAGACUAGGCUCAUAUGGGCGUUGUGUUGAUAUUGACGAGUGUCGAGAAGGAUUGAGUGAAUGUGAACCAAACCAGAGGUGUUACAACCUUCAAGGACAGUACCAGUGUCGCAACAUGUGUAGAAAUGGUUUCAGGUUCAACAAUUUGAACAACUUCUGUGAAGAUAUUGAUGAAUGUGCUGAGGGGCUUGAUAUUUGUCAGAACAACCAACGGUGUAUCAAUCAAGAAGGUGGCUAUGUGUGUCAAUGUCCUCCAGGACACCAAGCGAAUAGAAAUCAAGCUACUUGUGAAGAUAUUGAUGAAUGUAGUCUUGGAUUAUGUAGAGGAACGUGUGAGAAUCUACCAGGCUCAUACCUCUGCACCUGCCCAACUGGAUAUGCUCUCAUGGAAAAUAAAGUCACCUGCAAAGACCUUGAUGAGUGCACAGAUGGAUCUCAUACUUGUAUUGGAGAUGAGGUUUGUUUCAACACACGCGGGGGAUACAAGUGCCAGAGCAUUAACUGCCCAGAAUACUAUGAACUAAGAGCAAGCAAUGACAUCCAAUGUGUGAAGCGUUGUCCACCCAAUGCACCAAACUGCCCUCGUGGAAACCUCAACAGUACCAUCAGUCAUACAUUUGUUGCUCUUCCAAGUAUUCCAUUCCUGCGUCAGCCAAUCAGACUGCUUACAAUAGGGCUUCCUAACUACAGAAGUGCUUAUGGAGGACAUUCACAGACAUACUUCAGAUCAGUCAGUGGAAAUGAAGACAAUUACUUUGUCAUUACAAGGUUAUUCCCAAGAGGUUUACCUACAGGUUACGUGUCCCUCCAAAAACCCAUCUCUGGACCCUAUGAAACCGUUCUUCACCUUGAGAUUGUCACAGAAGUGAGGAAUCCAGUCACACGAAGGACAGAGGUGACAGCAACCUCUUACCUGAUGAUUCACGUAGAUGUAGGAGAGCAUUCUUACUAAAUCCAAAAACCCAAGUAGAUCAUGAUGUAUGGGAUGCCACUGGAUAUUCUUGAGACAUAUGGACAGAUAUAUGAUAAGGUAGUAAUAACAAUGAAAAAUAUGAGUCAUGAGGAGGGUUGUUCAAGCAAUGACCUCUAACCUGCAGUCUUCUGUCAUACUGGAAUGAUUUGAUAUUGUAAGGAUAGAGCAUUUUUCAAUGUAUUUAUCAUAUUACUAUUCAUGAAUGCAAUGUGAGCUGUUAUGUAGUGAGAGGAUUUUGUGCUGUGUUAGCGUGUCAUAAAAAGGGCAGUGGAAAAACACCUAGUGCCUGUAACUUAGAAGCUUCGCAAUAUAUAAAAGAAUUGUAAUUGCAAGUCAAAAUCACUGAUAUGCAUAUUGUUGAAUAUCCUCACUAGCAAUCAGAAUUAUACUUUGAAAUUUGCAAUUGAUCACAAAUCUGUGUUACAUUUGCCCUGUAUAAGAGAUGGGUUAGUAUACAAGUAGUAUAAAACAAUCAGAAGCAUUCUUUAGGAUUGGUGCUAGGGUGGUGCUAAAUACUGUAUAUUAUAUUGUCUGAAUUCUAAUGUUAAAUUAUGUACAUAGACUUCUUUUCAUUGUGCCAAAUAAUGGUGCUGUACUUCAGUGUGCAUAAUUUUGUUUUUCCAUACAUUAUAUGUAUCUAGUAAAGUUCAAAUGUUGUUAUAAUCAUUGAUAAAAAGUUUAUGUCAGUUAAUCACAAUACUCCACAUGAUAUGACAUACUUUCUGAUAAUAUUCAGUUAAAGUUGUAUGACAGUUUAAAUUGUACAUGUUCAAUGGCUUUUGAGCUCAGAGAUAACUGAUAACAUUUGCAUGGUGAGAUAAUUCCAUCAACUCUUAUCCAAGUUUUGGGGGGCAAAGGUCUCAUCUGGUUAUAAUCCAUGAACAAUUUAUUUUUGGUCAAAGUUUACUCUGAACAUGACCUUCAUAAUUGAUAAUUGAUUAUACACUGUCCCCAAAAAAAGUAGUCAAGGGUAAAAUGUGAAAGUUACUGAUUAACCCAAUUUGGUCAUUAUCUUUGCCCUCAAAGUGUUCAAAGUCCUGUGUACAUUUAAUGAUUAAUAAUCAAACAUUCAUUCCCUUAUAAGGAAAAUAGUAUUUUGAUCUAUGCAACAUCACAAAAAGAAUUAAGAGUAACGUAUUUGUUGUGUUCUGCCAAUCACUGAAGUCAUUACAUACAUUUUUUAUAUUCUUUCAUCUUAUUAUAUGAAUGACUUGAACUAUUGCUUAGGGAAGUACACUAUUUAAUGUGUCAUAAUUCUAAGUCACUUAUAGUAUUUCUUACCCCAAUUUUGUAUCAGAGUUUAUUUGAUACUUUAUAUAAAAAUGUAAAAUAAUUUAACUAGAUUCUUGUAUAAUUUUCCUUGGAGAAAUCAUCUUCAUGUUUUACGUAAGCUAUGAAGGGAUUGCGGAGUGAAGCCAAAGAUCAAUAUAGAAGUGAGAUUUUACACCAAUUUGAAGGAGACCCGUUGAUGUUCUUAAAUCAAAAUUUUUAAGUACUCUAAUUGUCAGUCCGUCUUGUAGUCUGAAGGAUGAUUUGUUGGUUAAUGAUACAGUGUGACCUGCAUUUUUUUAAUCAUGAUUACUUUUUGUAUUAUCAAUCAUGUUUAUAUACACCUCAACUUGUACAUAUUGUGUGUGUUUUAUAUUGCACUUUUUAUGUAAAGAUUUACAGUUACUGUAUGCCUCACUUUACAACACUUUUUUAACCAGCAUUAUGCACAUCGAAAAUCAAGAUUUGCUUAACUCAAUCAUUUUAUAGCCUAUAAUCAAGCUGGAGGUUGCAACUAGUGUAUUUUGCAAGACGAAAGUGCUACACUUGAUGCCGAUAGGCUAGAGGAUGUGAAGAAGACACUGCCAUUCCCGUCUUGAGUUAGUCAUUUUUUUUAUUGAUGAAUGUCUGGUUACACGGAUCCAUAUUGAAGUACAGUAGAUAAAAAGAAAACCACUACUAAAGCAAGAAAGGGUAGAGGCGGUGGUUGCUUCACACUCACUUUAGUCUCGUGGUAUCAGACGUAUUGCAUACAUUUAUGGGUAAUAAAUGCCACUGCAGCCUCCAACUAGAUAAUAUUGGCUUUAGAUUUUGAAGCCUAACUCUCACUCAUCAAAUAUAUAUUUUUAAAGUAAA